CAGUGUCUGAUGCAACUGUGUAGGAAGAGCUCAGUGAAGCCCAGUUAAAGGAGCCGACACAUACUUUAUUAUUUCAUCUAGCUUACUGAAAUUUAUUCAUUGGUCACUGAAGAUGCCAGUUUUCCGUGCCUUGACUAAGGUGGCUAAGAAAGCCCUUCUGGCCCCUGGAUGUGGCUGUCAAGUUUCAGCAGUGGCUGUGCGUCAUGCCAGCUUCUCCCCCCGCCAAGUGACCAAUGCAUCAGAUGCCAGCUUUCACUUAGUGUCCUUUUCUGAAACAGAUCACCCAAAGGUCCUUAUCACAGGUGGCCUUGGGCAGCUAGGUGUUGGGCUUGCCAAACUGCUGAGGAAGCAGUUUGGAAAGAACAACGUGAUUCUUUCAGAUAUCAGGAAACCACCCACCCAUGUCUUUCACAGUGGCCCCUUUAUCUACUCUGACAUCUUGGACUAUAAAAACUUGCGAGAGAUUGUUGUCAACAACCGGAUCACCUGGUUGGUGCAUUACAGUGCUCUUCUGAGUGCUGUUGGGGAAGCUAACGUGGCCCUGGCCAGGUCUGUCAACAUAACUGGUCUUCACAACAUCCUGGACAUUGCUGCUGAGCAUGGGCUUCGACUGUUUGUUCCCAGCACAAUUGGUGCCUUCGGUCCAACUUCGCCCCGUAACCCGACUCCUGAUCUUUGCGUGCAACGACCUCGUACCAUAUAUGGUGUCUCCAAGGUCCAUGCUGAGCUAAUGGGCGAGUACUACCAUCACCGGUAUGGUCUUGACUUCCGCUGUCUCCGGUACCCUGGUAUCAUCUCCGCAGAUUCCCAGCCUGGCGGUGGUACGACAGAUUACGCUGUGCAGAUAUUCCACGAUGCUAUCAAGACUGGCAAGUUUGAGUGCAACUUGAAACCAGACACACGACUCCCUAUGAUGUACAUUGACGACUGUUUGCGGGCUACGCUCGAGCUCAUGGAAGCCCCAGCUGAAACGCUGUCCAUGCGCACUUACAACAUCAAUGCCAUGAGCUUCACACCUGAUGAACUGGCACAGGAGGUCCAGAAACAGUUACCCGACCUGCAAGUCACAUAUAAAAUUGACCCUGUACGGCAGGCAAUCGCUGACAGUUGGCCCAUGAACUUUGAUGACUCGAAUGCCCGCAAUGACUGGAGCUGGAAGCAUGACUACGACCUGCCGGAAUUGGUUCAGACGAUGCUUAACUUCAUUGGUUCAGAGUCCAAAGUUGCCCAAGCCAACUGAAUCCAGUCUAAGAAACUGGAGCUUGUACAUGCAUAUAUUAAGGACUGCUAGCCUUAGAGAACAGAGAUUUCUGGUCUGUAAAUAAUUUGCUCUCUGUCUCUUCUGUGCCUGGAUUAUCUGGAGGAAAACAAAUCUAGAGACAUACGUCACUCAGAUCACCAGUGACGGUCAAUUCUUAAGUACCCAGAACAUGUAACACCCCCAAGAUCGUUUUUAUUUAUAUUUUAUUAUUUUUCAUUGAUGUAAUAAUAAAAGUGAAAAGAUUAGAAUCAGA